CCAUAACCAUAUUUAGCAAUGGCUCUUCACUUCCUUCCAGCCUUUUGCAAUGCAGUGGACCUUCGAUUCUUACAACGGCUGAUAAUAUACUCCGUCCUACUUUGCGUGUAGCCGUGUUGAGCUACGAGGAGGUAGAUAAAAGGGCGAUCUCUUCAACCCCAAUGUUCUCCAUAACCUCUUCCAGCCUUUCAAGAUUCCAGUGCCUCUCAGUGACAUGUCCGAUUCCGUCAACUACGCCAAACUUUUUGGGUUUAAAUCCAUUCCGGCUGCGGUCAUUUUCGCAAUAUGCUACAUUCCUCUCUGUGUCUGGUUCAUUCCCAAAGUUAUCAUGCGGCGCACAUAUGUCGUUUUUACUGUGACACUCUUUUGCUUUAUGCGAGUUUCAGCAUUCAUUAUACGAGUCGUUCUCAUCGCGUCCAAUACCGCCGGUGAAAAUGAAAAUGUCUUCAUUACUGACGAGGUACUCUUCUCGAUCGGCUUUUUUGGUUUACUUUUUGGAGCGUAUGGACUUGUUCUUGACCGUCUAUCGCUUCUUACAACAUCCAAGGCAUAUGACAACCCACUGAGCUUUCUCAUGCAAAAUCGCAAACUUUUCCACUUGGCAUUAACUGCGGGAAUGAUAAUGGGCAUCAUCGGAAUUACCGAUUCAACCAGUAGCACGCCCAGCUCGAGCGGACCUACCUUACGAAAAGCUAGCGUCAUUGUAUUUGUGAUUCUGACCGUCCUUCAAGCAUAUCAGACAUUUGUUCUUGUUAUGUCUGAACGUUCAGAGGAUCCGGAAACUCUCGCUCACGAUCUUGGCAGCUCAAUCGGGGCGCGACACGGUGCCAUGAUUUUUGGGGCCAUCUCUGUCCUUCUCCUCGUUCGAGAGAUCUAUAUGCUGGCGACUAUAGGGUCUAGUACGACCCAGAACAAGGAGUAUACUUGGUAUCCUUUCGUUGCACUCCCCGAGCUCGUCUGCGUGACGCUGUAUGCAUUGCCUGGAAUCAUUCCUCAGCCGGCUCUAGGAAUCUAUGACCUUCCCAAGUAGAUUAUAUGUGUCUCAUUCUAUGCCUCAGUAGUCAUUCAUUACAACGCAAUGGACGCUCCAGGACACCUACAUCUAGAUUUAAGGCCCCACUCUGGUCAAAUAAUUAUAUUCAACUUAACAAUUUCUGUACGCGUCUUAUAAUUCCCCAUAUGUAGCGUAGAGCACCGUAUCAGCAUCAUGGUAUCAGAGGAAGAGCAUAAUAUGACUUCGCUGCAGAGAGCCUGAGAACGC